UCACAUCCGGAGUAGCCAUGUUUUGCUUUUAGUGUUGCCCAGUGUAGUUUCACUUUCUGUCUAAUAUUAAUAAAACCUGUUAUUUGUCACCGUCAUCAUCAUCAUGUCUCGGGGCUCAAGUGCAGGCUUUGACCGACAUAUCACCAUCUUCUCCCCGGAGGGAAGACUCUAUCAAGUCGAAUAUGCCUUCAAAGCCAUCAACCAGGGCGGACUGACCUCUGUAGCGAUCAGGGGGAAGGACUGUGUUGUCAUUGUCACACAGAAGAAAGUUCCUGACAAGCUGCUGGAUGCCUCGACCGUCACACAUCUGUUCAGAAUCACAGAGAACAUUGGCUGCGUUAUGACCGGCAUGACUGCUGACAGCAGGUCUCAGAUACAGAGGGCCCGGUAUGAAGCAGCUAACUGGAAGUACAAGUAUGGCUAUGAGAUCCCCGUGGACAUGUUGUGUAAACGUAUGGCUGACAUUUGCCAAGUUUACACACAGAAUGCUGAGAUGAGACCAUUAGGAUGCUGUAUGAUGGUGAUUGGACUGGAUGAAGAGUUGGGUCCACAGCUGUAUAAAUGUGAUCCAGCAGGCUACUACUGCGGCUUUAAGGCCACAGCGGCUGGAGUCAAACAGACAGAGGCCACAAGCUUCCUGGAGAAGAAAAGCAAGAAGAAGCUGGACUGGACUUAUGAGCAGACUAUAGAGACGGCUAUCUCAUGUUUGGCGACGGUUCUGUCUAUUGACUUCAAGCCCUCAGAGCUGGAGGUGGGAGUAGUCACCACACAGGAACCUACAUUCAAGAUUCUGUCAGAGUCUGAGAUUGAUACUCACCUCAUGUCUCUGUCUGAGAGAGAUUGAGGAAAGUUGGCAGCCAUUUUGCAGUCGUCAUCGCGCUGCACUCUGAAAUGGAUGAUGAAUAUUAAAACAAGAAUAACUCCACCUCCUUCACUGAGGAUGCACAGCACAACCAAGUACAAUACAGAACAAUGUGGUUAUUUAAUAGCAGGUGGGUAGAAUACAUUACCCAGCUGCUCCGUGGUAUGUGUGUGUACCGCUCCUCCACCCUCUGUGGUCACAACCAGGACCUGAAAAGACACAGUAAUAACCACAUAUCCAGCCCCUCCUACAGUUUCCUUUCAUCCACACUGAGACAUUGCUUCUGCUUCUGACUGCCAAACAUCACAGAACCUGAGAAGACGCUGGACAUUCACAUCAGCCUCUGACCACGGUGUCCUUGCUUGAUCCUCCUCAGCUAGGUGGGACACGAACAACCAGGAUGAUUGAGGUGUGGACAGCUCCUCUCACGUAUGGACUCCAACAACACCUGAGUCACUGUGUCUGAAACGGUGCUUUCUAAUCUAACCCUCUUUACUCAGGGCUGCCACUACUCCUCUUUUCUGAAUCCCCUUAAAUUUUUAUUCAUCUACCUCAACAUCUCUCCUCACCACUGUGUUCAGCUCUAUACUUUGUAAUAACCCAUGAUCAGUCAGCUGUGAUCUCAGGUCAAUAUCAACCUACUAUGACGAAUUAUAAAAAAAAGUUUUGCGUCCCCUUGUGUCUCGAUCCUCCUCCCCUCUGCUGCCAACGCUGUACACUACUACACUUCUAUUAAACACAAUGUUUUUAUUCAACA